CUCCCCGCCCCGCGGGUAAGAGUUAGGGUUGGACCAGCCUGAGCGAGGAUCCUGUCCGGGCUUCCCUUGUCCACCGCUCCUCCUCCUGUCGCUGCCGGCGUGAUUCUUGGGACUCAGAUGUGAUAAAUAUCAGUCUCAGAGAACAGGAAAAUAUGCCAGCUUGUUCCAUAGGCUCACUAAUGAAAUUAUACCAUCAGUUGAAUUCUACUGCAAAUAAAAUUGAAUGAUGGACCACACAUCCCCGACCUACAUGCUUGCUAACUUAACCCACUUACAUUCUGAACAACUUCUGCAGGGCUUGAAUCUUCUUCGUCAGCAUCACGAACUCUGUGACAUCAUUCUUCGAGUAGGUGAUGUUAAAAUUCAUGCUCACAAGGUGGUACUUGCCAGCAUCAGCCCAUAUUUCAAAGCUAUGUUCACUGGAAACCUUUCUGAAAAAGAGAACAGUGAGGUUGAAUUUCAGUGCAUUGAUGAAACUGCCCUCCAGGCCAUUGUGGAGUAUGCCUACACAGGGACUGUUUUUAUUUCUCAGGACACAGUUGAAUCUCUCCUUCCAGCAGCAAACUUACUCCAAAUAAAACUUGUACUUAAAGAAUGUUGUGCUUUUCUUGAAAGCCAACUCGAUCCUGGUAACUGUAUUGGAAUUUCUCGUUUUGCAGAGACCUAUGGUUGUCGUGAUCUUUAUUUGGCAGCCACUAAAUAUAUAUGUCAGAAUUUUGAAGCUGUUUGCCAGACAGAAGAGUUUUUUGAGCUUACACAUGCUGAUUUGGAUGAAAUUGUUUCAAAUGAUUGUUUGAAUGUAGCUACCGAAGAGACUGUUUUUUAUGCAUUAGAGUCUUGGAUCAAGUAUGAUGUACAAGAACGUCAGAAAUACUUAGCACAGCUACUAAACAGUGUACGAUUACCAUUACUGAGUGUUAAGUUCCUCACAAGACUAUAUGAAGCAAAUCAUCUUAUCCGUGAUGAUCGCACUUGUAAACAUCUUUUGAAUGAAGCCCUGAAGUACCACUUUAUGCCCGAACAUAGACUCUCUCAUCAGACAGUCUUGAUGACACGACCUCGCUGUGCUCCCAAAGUACUUUGUGCGGUAGGAGGAAAAUCUGGACUCUUUGCCUGUUUGGAUAGUGUGGAGAUGUACUUUCCUCAGAAUGACUCCUGGAUUGGUUUGGCACCCCUAAACAUUCCUCGCUAUGAAUUUGGAAUAUGUGUUUUAGACCAAAAAGUAUAUGUGAUAGGAGGUAUUGAAACUAAUGUGCGUCCUGGCGUCACUAUCAGAAAACAUGAAAAUUCAGUAGAAUGCUGGAAUCCUGAUACAAAUACCUGGACUUCUCUAGAGAGAAUGAAUGAGAGUCGAAGUACCCUUGGUGUAGUAGUGCUUGCAGGAGAACUUUAUGCUCUAGGUGGUUAUGAUGGACAGUCUUACUUACAAUCUGUAGAGAAGUAUAUUCCCAAAAUAAGAAAAUGGCAACCUGUGGCACCAAUGACUACAACAAGAAGUUGUUUUGCUGCAGCUGUAUUGGAUGGAAUGAUAUAUGCCAUUGGUGGGUAUGGGCCUGCCCACAUGAACAGUGUGGAACGUUAUGAUCCAAGUAAAGACUCCUGGGAGAUGGUUGCAUCCAUGGCAGAUAAGAGGAUUCACUUUGGCGUGGGUGUUAUGCUUGGCUUUAUUUUUGUGGUAGGUGGACAUAAUGGUGUGUCACAUUUGUCAAGCAUUGAAAGAUAUGACCCUCAUCAAAAUCAAUGGACUGUGUGUAGACCAAUGAAAGAACCCAGAACAGGAGUUGGUGCUGCGGUAAUUGAUAACUACCUUUAUGUGGUUGGUGGACACUCAGGGUCUUCCUAUCUGAAUACUGUGCAGAAAUAUGACCCUAUCUCAGAUACAUGGCUGGAUUCAGCAGGCAUGAUAUACUGUCGCUGCAAUUUUGGAUUAACUGCACUUUGACAAGUGUGAACGCUCAGAAAUAGUGUAGUGGUGAAACAUGCCGCAUGAGAAGAUGAUGGUUUUCUGAAACCCAAAAGCUGCAUUGCUUUGUUUUUAACUUGAAGUGGCAUGAAGACUGAAAGUUUUGUUGGGUACUAUGAACUGACAAGUGGUUUGGGUUGCUCUUGAUUACACAGUAAAUCAAUAAUCCAAAAAAAAAAAAGAAAAAAAAAAAAAAGGAAAGACCAUGCCAAUUGAAUUGUGCACUUUUUCCCUAAGACUGGGAUAGACUAGUUUUAUGUUCAUAUGUUUGUAAGUGUACAUCUAGAGAAAACCUUGCUUCUUUUUUCAGUUUAGCUCUCCUUCCUUUUUAUGCACCGUGACUUAAUAGGAUGAGAGAUGCUUUAGUUGUUGGAGUGUAUUGAAUGACUGCACAGAGUGUUGAUACUGCUUGUUGGAUGUCAGUUCAUACGCUUCACAUUUAAAAAAACAAAAACAAAUAAAGGGCUGUGUUUUUCGUUUUUUCAUUUUGUUUUAUUUUGGUUUUGGUACUUUAAAGGGUUGUAUAUACAUGCCAUGGUGAGUUGUCUGAAUACUCUUCUUGCUAAAUGGUUUUAGGGUUGGAAAUGUAUUAAGUUUGCCAACAAUAGCUUUUACUAUCAUGAUAUUUGAGAUCCUAUUUUAAGGAGUCAAAUAUAUGCUUCUCCUAUAUGGGCAGAUUGAUGCUGGGUGAAUUUGGCUACCUAUCUAUACUGUGGUAAGCAUGGAUAGAAAGAAUUAAUCAUAUUAGUUCUUUUAGUUUUUCUUUAGUAGUACAGUAGGCUUUCUAGUAUCAAUGUAAAUAUUUUAGAAGUAUAUAGUACCACUUUUAGUGCAUAUUAAGUUUUCAUAUAUCCUUGUAUUUAUUUCAGUUUUUUAAGACUUUUGUUUUUUCAAAGUGUUCAGAUAUAAAAAUGGUGCUAAUGGCAGGAUCUAUAACAAGGCUACAUCUGAUGUUCUUUUGGAUGUUCAGUAUGCACUAUGCAUGACAUUUGAUAGUCCUUCAUUUUUACUGGCUUGAUUUGUUUGUGCUUAUUUAAAAUGUUACUGAUUACAUUAAUGUUACAUCCAAAAAUCAUCUAAAUGGCCUGUUAUGCUUUUCAUGGUUCCUGAAUAGUAAUUUAAAGAGAGAUACACCUUUGAUCUUCUUUCUUCUUGUGCGAGAUAUUACAGAUCCUUCUGAAAAACAGAAAUAUAUGCACUAAAUAUAAAGCACUAGGCAGUUGUGCAUUACUUUGUACAUUUCUUAGGUAACUGAAUAUUUUAAAGUUAUUGAGGAAAACUGGAAUUUGAUGUUUACUUGAGAAAUGGUUCUAAAUUUGCUUCUACUUUGAUUUAAAAAGGGUAUUUUAAAGCAAAAUUGUUUGCUAUAUAGCCAGUGACAGCUUAUUUUAAAGAAGUGGUUAACUUAUUUUAGCAUGUUAUAGUACAUGUUUGUUAGUCAUAAACCUCUUAACUUGCAUUUUAUUAUGAUGCUGGUACUUGUAUUUUGGUACUAUGAUUAUUUUGCUUGCUUUUUUUUUAACCUGCCCACUAUCUCUUUUUAAAGUUUCUGUGAGACCCAUUUAUAUUUUUUUUCCUAAGAGGAAAAUUCAUACUGCAUUCUUAAGUGCCAUAAUGUUUUAAACGAUUCUUAAGAAGCCAUUGGUAAUUAUACAACAUAGGUUUAUUUGUUAGCAUAUAUGUCAUUUCUUAAAAAUCUGUAGCCAGGCAAUUUGCAGUUUUCCUUAUUCUUCCAUAAACUGCCACUUGUAGAUGUGAAUAGAUACUACAGAACUGUGUAAAAGCAUCUUUAAUCAUAAAAAUAGUAUCAUGCUUUACAAAUAUUUGCACAGAUUAUAAAGCUUUGCAAGUGAAUUUUAGUCUCUUCUAAUUUAGAACUCAGCAGGAGCUACUAAUAAAAUUGAGUCUAUUUUCUAUGUUGCUUGUUUGAAUAACAUAAUAUAUAGCAAUAACUUUUUCAUUGAUUUGAAUAAAUCUGUUGAAUAGAAAUAAGGUGCACUAUUAUGGUAGGCCUAGAUUUUAUUUAAAGGAAAGUAAUUUAAAAUAGAUUCCUUCACAUAUUUAAAUUCCCGAUUCAGAUUUCUUUAUUUAAAUCAGUCAAAUGAUCAGAUUUUACUAUUUUACUCUCUCCCAGAAGAUAAGGGAAUUCGAAAGCUUAGAAAAUUUAAGAGAAUUUGAAAGACUGCAGAAAAUUAAUUGUAAACACAUCUGUACUACACAUUUUAUUUUAACAAUAUUUUAUUCAUGUAUCAUUGCCACUCUCAAAUUAGUGUAAAAUUUAUAAUCAUUUGGUAUAUUAGAUUAAAAAAAUAUAUACUGAUCAUUGGUUUUGAAAAUCUAAAUUUCACAUUGGUGAAGACUGCAUAUGAAACAUCUUGGGCAAUAGUAGGAACCAUGUACCGGUAAAUAAACUAUGAAAACUUUGAGGGGAAUAGAAGAAGCAGUCAAACCCUAGGAAUAUGUUUAUUUUAGAAAUGCUAAACCUGCUGUACUGUUCACCACAACUAGAGCUACUGAUAUGACCUGACAACAGGUGAGUUUACAAUAGAGCCUUCUACUAGAAACUAUAAAUUUUUAAGAAAUUUUAUUAUGCUCUGCUGACAAAUUUUGAAUUUAAAGCCACAUAUUUUUUAUGUUAAUAAGGAUCCAAGUGCUUGGUACUAAUUUUCAGGGUUAAAGGUAUUAGAAAUAACCAUAAUAUUGAGGGAAGGAGGGGCUAUUUAAGAUUGCCCAGAAAUAUUUUGGAAAAGAAUGGCAAUGAGAAAUCGAAGUUUAUCAGUUGCAAGACAAUAGCCAUUCUAUGAUUAUGUUAAUGUGUUAAGAAUGCUUGGUUAUUUAAUAUUCAUCGGAUAUAGUAUUAGAAAUUAAGUGAUUUUUAAUGUAGCCCAAAGGAUAGUUACAAGUUCCGUAUGUAAUUGCUAAUAUUGUUUGAAAAAUGAGUGACUGUUACAUUAUGGAAAGUGGUAUCAAGUGACAGGAAAACGGCAUUAGGUUUUGAUUGUUUGACACAUAUGGACAGAUAAGAAACGUUCUGUUAAGAUGGUGUGAGGGCUAGGAGUAUAAGUGAGAUACACUCUUUUCACUCAAAGAGUAAACUACAGUGUGAGGAGGCCUGUACUCACUCGAAUCAUUGUUUUGGUGAAGUAUGAACCUAAUUCUUUAUCUUCCAUAACAUUUGAAGUGAUGAGAGACCUGCUUUAUAUAUAAAUGUAUUUUAGUGUCCAGAUAGAUUUUGUUGGUAUGAAAAAGAACUACUAAAAAAAACCCCAGUGCUUAUAGAACUCCAAAUUUUCUGUAAUUGGAUAGUUUGUUUUCUGUUAGAAGAAAAAAACAAAACUAUGGGUGGGGGGAUCUAUUUCCUUUAGUAUCAAGACUGGCUAACAUUGAGGAAAAUAAUAUGUAUAUAUAACGCCGUGUUUAUUUUUAGCUUUGGUGUUGGAUUGCUAGUAUUGUCACCUAAGUGCUCAUUUUCAGGAAAAUCAGAUUCUACAAUAAACUUAACAGUUCAAUAAACUUGUGAUAACCUCUAUAACCUCCGUCGUCUGAAAGUAAAAUUACAAGAUGUCACAUGUCAAGUUAACAUCCAGUUCUUCCUAACCUUUUUUCCCUUUGUAAACAGCACUUUAGACAUGAUUUAAUUAGAUAACGAUUAUUCUGUGGUUAGAUAUGUAUUGGAUUUUCACUUAAAGUAUAUUCAGUGUUGAUACAUAUUUGAAAAGAAUGAGGAAUACGAUAUAUUUUAAAUAUAGUAGGUUUACAGACUUUCUUAUCGGUGUGAACAUGGAGUCAAAUAAAAAUCCAGUUUACAUCUCUGCAGAGAGAAAAAUUGUUAUCCAUGUGUCUUUUAUAUUACACAUAUUUAACUAGAGAUAAUUUAUUGUUAAUUUUGUCAACUUAUCAUGUGUAAGUCCAACUUAUUUUAAAAUACUAAGCAAAAAGUUCCAAGUUUGCCUUAAAAUACAACUGAAAUUAAAGAACUGGAUGAUAAUGCCUAUAUUUUUGCCUUAUGAAUUGUGCUGUAUCAUAAACCAGAGAUGGUUUUGAUCUUAACAGGAUUCUGAAAUUUUGUAGGUGUGGAGUACUAAUGUUUGUACUCCUGCAAAGAAUGUGAUCUAGGUGUGGAUUAUUUUCAUGUUUAAAUGUUUCUGUAUAAGUAUUUUACCUCUGAUUAUGUACCUUUUUAGCAUCAGGGUUUUAUUUUAUUUUUGUUUACAUAGUAACGUGGCAUUUAACUUGCUGAAGGUUGUGUUCUUUUGUCUUAUUUUUAAAGUUCUCUGUGUAUUAUUGUGGUAAUGCUCUGUAAUGAUUAUGGCUAAAUUUCAUUUAAUGUGAAAUGUUUAAAAUAAAAAUGGAAAAACAUGA